CAUUAGUAAAAAUCACAAAUGUUCAUUCUCUCAUCUCUUGUUUUCCCUCUCUCUUAUCUCUCAUUUCCCUCUCUCUCUCUCUUAGAACCCUAAGAGAAAAUGAGUUUGAUUCUACGUCUCCUAAACCUUAAUUCGCUUCUCCCUCUAACUUUAACACAAUUUCGAUCGAUCUAAAAAUGUAAAAAUUAAUAUUCAAAAAAAGAAUCACAAAAAAAUCCUCUUAAGCACCACAACCCUCUCUCUCGAUUCACAAAUAAUCAACCAAGAGUCAAGCGUCUCUCUCUCAAUCAUGAUGAAUGCUUCGAGCAACAUACAGAGAUGGCAUAAUCCCUAUCAUCAUUCGCAUCAUCUUUCUCAGAUCCAGAGUCCGAUUCAGAUAUCAUCAACGAACUUGUUCAUAUCAACCUCCGAAUCAGGUUUAAUCCAUCUCGACGACCAUGGAAUCUCCAAAUUCAUCAUCUCCUCUCACACUCCACGACCUUACAAAACCGCGACCUCAUCUCCGCUUCUUUCCUCGAGUUCUCUCAGUCCCAAUCUUCGCUACGUCCGACGCAAACUAACUCUGUCUCCAAGAGCUUUGCCGCUGUUGAUGGGGGUGGUCUCAUCGUCAACCUAUUUGCAGGCUGGCCUAGAAAAGGGAGAUAACUGUGUUAUGGUCUGUUUGUGUUGGAAAGUGACAACGAUUCUCUCGCUCAGUUUCUACCAGGUUGAGAAAGGUGGGGAAGAGUAGCCACCGUAUCUAACACCAACCUCCUGCACCUGCGACAAAGCUAGAGCAACGUCAACUUCCGUCUCUCGCGAAGUUCAUCUGCCUAACGACGAAGCCCAGAGACGAGCCGUUUUGAUUGGGCCGAGAUGAAGCUCUGCGCCUGAUGAGUUUCUCUGCCGCUUCUCAGAUCCGUCUUCGCCGGUCUCUGUCUUCACCGGAAUCACCAAAACCACCUCUCGUCGCCACCACCACCAGUGACCUCUCUCUCUAUCUCUCUCUGGCACUCUCUCUUUCUCUGUGUUUUUAAUUUGUUUUUUGUUGUUCAAUAGAAGGUGAUUUUUGUGUUCUUAUUUUGUCCUUGUUGUUCAGUAGAACGUAUUUUCGUCCUAAUACGCCCAUGUUCUUGUUUUGCUAGAUUAAUUCUAAUUUCUCUAAGGCUCUCAA